AGCAGAGAGUGUGGCCCAGAUUAAUGGUGUGCCUCAAGAUCUGGAUUAAAGGCGUGUGUCAUUCUGCCUCAAGAUCAGAUUAAAGGCCUGUGUCAUCACACCUCAAGAUUCAGAUCAAAAGCCUGUAUCUACCUGCCUCAAGAUCCAGAUCACAGGAGAAGCCUUAUAGAGACUCUCAACUAAAGGAGUGAGUCAAACCCAGCAGAACUGCAUCCAGCUGCAAAGAGAAGGAUGACUUUUGUUGUCUUCCGUGGUUUAGAACAGCCCAUCUUCACCACCCGAGCGCACGUCUUCCAGAUUGACCCCAGCACCAAGAAGAACUGGGUCCCUGCGAGCAAGCAGGCCGUCACCGUUUCCUACUUCUACGAUGUCACCAGGAGCAGCUAUCGAAUCAUCAGCGUUGAUGGGGCCAAGGUGAUUAUAAACAGCACCAUCACCCCAAACAUGACUUUCACCAAAACCUCACAGAAGUUCGGCCAGUGGGCUGACAGCAGAGCCAACACGGUGUUCGGCUUGGGGUUCUCUUCAGAGCAGCAGCUCACGAAGUUUGCAGAGAAAUUCCAGGAGGUAAAGGAAGCUGCCAGACUAGCCAGAGACAAGUCCCAGGAGAAAACCGAGACCUCAAGUAAUCAUUCCCAAGAAUCUGGGUGUGAAACCCCAUCUUCCACUCAGGCAUCCAGCGUCAACGGGACAGAUGAUGAGAAGGCCUCCCACGCGAGCCCAGCCGACACGCACCUCAAGUCUGAGAACGACAAACUAAAGAUCGCUCUGACACAGAGUGCCGCCAAUGUGAAGAAGUGGGAGAUUGAACUGCAGACCCUCCGGGAGAGCAAUGCCCGGCUGACCACAGCCCUGCAGGAGUCGGUGGCCAGUGUGGAGCAAUGGAAGAAGCAGUUCUCCAUCUGCCGAGAUGAGAAUGACCGGCUGCGCAGCAAGAUUGAGCAGCUGGAAGAGCAGUGCAGCGAGAUAAACAGGGAGAAGGAGAAGAACACUCAGCUCCAGAGCAGGAUUGAGGAGCUGGAGUCAGAGCUCCGAGAAAAGGAGACGGAGUUGAAAGAUCUCCGGAAACAAAGUGAGAUCAUACCUCAGCUCAUGUCCGAGUGUGAAUAUGUCUCUGAGAAAUUAGAGGCUGCAGAAAGAGACAAUCAAAACUUGGAAGACAAAGUGCGGUCUCUAAAGACAGACAUCGAGGAGAGUAAAUACCGACAGCGCCACCUGAAGGGGGAGUUGAAGAGCUUCCUGGAGGUGCUGGACGGAAAGAUCGAUGACCUCCAUGACUUCCGGCGAGGACUCUCCAAGUUAGGCACAGACAACUAGGCCAGGCGAAGGGAGCCUAGGUCAUGAGUUGCGAGUGUGUGCGUGAGAUGAAGUAGGCGUAGGACAUUCUCCAUUUGUGUUGCUUCUGUAAAUGCAGGUGCAUUCUGUCUGUCUCCAGACCAGUUGUGCCGUCCUCUCCUCCAGAAUAGAAAAUCUCGCUUCUCUGGCCUUGUGAGGUUGUGGACUACUGGGAGCAUCUGACUCAGGAAUCCAGAACUUGGUCUACCUUAGCCGUUUACGCAGUCAGGGCAGGGAUGUUUAUAUCUUUUCUAAGGGCUGUUGCAACCCUGUGAACUGGGGGCGGGGAAGUAUUUUCUAAUCCAAGCAUCAGUAUCCUUUACAGCAGGCCACUGGGCGCCUUCUAUUGAGUAGCAUUCAGGUGUGCGACUCUCCGGCAGAUUCCAGGCCAUGGGCCACAUGGUGGGAGCAUCUUUUCCCAAUAUGCAUUGUGAUGCUUUAGCAGAUGUUAUCUGACCGUUUGACGUUGUGAUACAACACCAUCAUCCACACGGUUCACACUCAAGGAUGACAUACAUAAUUGACUUACCCAAAAAGAAAUAAUUGUCAAAAAAAGACUUACAGUGUUCUAAGUAAGUAUUUUGUGUUGGAGCACAUUUAUAGUAAUCCUUGGCUGCCUGUGGCCCUCAGGCUGUAGGUCAGACAUACCUACUUGAAAAGAACCAUGUAGUGGAGACUUAUCCAGAGGGGAAAAAAAGCCCAGGUGUUUUGGGGUGUGCAUACAGACAGGAAAUCACUUGUACCCACUGUGCCCCAUCCUCCCCUGAUUUGUAUGGUUGCAACAAUGUUCCUUUUCUUUCUUUCUUCCUUUUUUCUUUUCUUCUUCUUCUUCUUUUUAUUGUAGUUGUUGGUUGGUUGGUUGGUUGGUUUUUGUUUUGUUUUGAUUUCAGCACAUAUGCUUUCGCUGUGGGAACAGAUGCAGGAGGGAGCCUAGCACAGUGCUGGGUAUACAAUAGGUGCUUAAUAAACAUUUGUUAAAUUAAACAUA